AUGAAACCGCCACAGUUCCACAGGGGAUUGGAUCCGCUACAGGCUGAAGCAUGGGUCCUCGGCAUAGAAAAACUGGUUGGGGUAUUUCCUUGCUCAGAAACACAGAAGGUGCUCCAAGCCACUUUUACUCUUGAAGAUGAAGCAAGAAGGUGGUGGAUGCUAAUGCGUGAAAACAAUAAAGAUAUUGGAUGGGCACGGUUCUUGGAAAUUUUCUAUGACAAAUACUUUCCACAAUGUGUUCGUGAUAGAAAGGUGUCAAAAUUUAUGGAACUUAAACAGAACAGCAUGACAGUAGCAGAGUAUGAGGCCAAGUUCACUGAAUUGGCCAGGUUUACACCACAUGUGGUCAACACCGACUAUAAGAAAGUGAGACAUUUUGAAGGAGGCCUUCAAGAUGAUAUCCUAGAGAGGGUAAAUGUUCUCAUGCUGGAAACCUACAUUGAGGUGCUGGACCGGGCCAUAAUAUCGAAAGCUAACAUAGCAGACAGGCCAAAUCAACAACUGACUGGAAAG